UAUUCUAGUCACCUGAACCUGCGAGUAACAAAUCCUGAGGACUGGUUGCGGAGACGCACGCAUUCCGAAAGAAAAUCCCUACCAUCUGACGUAGAGGGAUUUACAGGUUCAGAUGGAAUUGCUUUUCCCACUGUAGAGAUUAAAUACUCUGGAUGCAUUUGUGCAUAACUGGGCAUUGUUACACUGUUAAGGCAAACGAGAAGGUUCUAGAGGGCUGUGAAGAUUUGGGUGUUCACCUUGGAUACUUGUGAAUUUCACAUUUGGAUUACCUACAACUGGCUACCACUUUCUUAGGUUGUUGGCACCAUGCGAUUUGGUGUUGUCUUGCUGCUUUGCUUGUGGGUGCUGGGGGCUGCAGGAAGAGCAGCUGAAUACAAGAGGCACAUGCAUGAAGGGCACAGGAGAGGCAGGGCUCACAGACUAAGAAGAGAAGCUUCUAAAGAAGAUGACGGGGGAAGGCAUAAAAAGGGCAGCCCCAUCCUGAAAAGAAGUCCUGAUGUAACAAAAUCUGUAUUGACAAAAUCAGAGCAGCUUCUCCGAAUCGAUGACCAUGAUUUCUCAAUGAGGCCUAGUUUUGGAGGGCCUGCAAUCCCAGUUGGUGUGGACGUGCAGGUAGAAAGCCUCGACACCAUUUCUGAAGUGGAUAUGGACUUCACCAUGACUCUGUACCUGAGGCACUACUGGAAGGAUGAGCGGCUGUCUUUCCAAAGCACCAACAACCUCAGCAUGACAUUCGAUGGCAGGCUGGUGAAAAAGAUCUGGGUCCCCGAUAUGUUUUUCGUUCAUUCGAAGAGAUCGUUCAUCCACGACACGACGACGGACAAUGUGAUGCUGCGCGUGCACCCAGAUGGGAAGGUGCUGUACAGCCUCAGGGUUACAGUUACAGCCAUGUGCAACAUGGACUUCAGCCGCUUCCCUUUGGACACCCAGAGCUGUUCACUGGAGAUCGAGAGCUACGCCUACACUGACGAAGAUCUAAUGCUGUACUGGAUGAAAGGAAAUGACUCUCUUAAGACAGACGAAAGGAUAUCUUUGUCCCAGUUCCUCAUACAAAAGUUCCAUACAACUACAAAGCUAGCAUUUUACAGCAGUACAGGUUGGUACAACCGUCUGUAUAUCACCUUCACGCUCCGUCGGCACAUCUUCUUCUUCCUGCUCCAGACCUAUUUCCCAGCCACUCUGAUGGUCAUGCUGUCCUGGGUGUCCUUCUGGAUCGACCGCAGGGCUGUGCCGGCUCGAGUCCCGUUAGGUAUCACCACGGUACUGACCAUGUCCACCAUCAUCACUGGAGUCAAUGCAUCGAUGCCCAGGGUCUCCUACAUCAAGGCUGUGGACAUCUACCUGUGGGUCAGUUUUGUGUUUGUGUUCCUGUCGGUGCUGGAGUACGCUGCAGUGAACUACCUGAGUACUGUGCAGGAGCGCAAAGAGAGGAAGAUGAGAGACAAGUCCCAGCUUCCCUGUACCUGUGGUCCGUCUCACCCGCAGCCCAUGAGGAUGGAUCCCAGCUACAGUGAGGGGGAUCUCAACACCGGCUCUUAUGGGAUGCCUGGGAAUGGGGACAGGCAGGAAAGGAUUAUAGUGCAUUUGGCUCUGGGGGACAGGCGCCCCACAAGCAGGAGGAAAGGGUCCCGCGGAUACGUCAGCAUGUGGAUUGACACGCACGCCAUUGACAAGUACUCUCGAGUGAUCUUUCCCGGCGCCUACAUCCUUUUCAAUAUAAUAUACUGGUCCAUUUACUGCUAGUCUAAGGGCACAAUCCACAGCAUCCGCUGAACCAGAUCAAGACACUGAACGUUGAAUGUUUGUGCAUAAGUAGAAAUACUGUUGCUUUCUUGUUUAUUGUCAAUUGUUUGGUUUUUUUUGUGAAUUUAGCAUCCCCUGCAAGCUAAAAUCUAGACUACUCCACCCCGUAGUUUAACCAGGAGCAAAGAGGCGCUCCGAAUACCCAAUUUGAUUUUGUAAACAACCUUUGGUUCCCCACUCAAGACCUUAUCAAAUAAAUGAAUAACCAAGUAAACAGAUUGCAAUAAAAUAUAUUUUUAUUAAGGUCACAGGUUUAAAAGCAUUGUUGGUAAUGGUUACAAUAAGAGCAAUACAAAUGAGGCUGACUAACAACUUAAAUGCAAAAUAUUUCCAGCAGUACCGCUAGACACCACCAGGGGAGAAAAGCAACAAGCUGCAGUUAAAUUAAAGGCCACUACGCAAUCGAAAAUUCCAAGCAGGGAGACGGAACGGAAUAAAAACAAAUAUACUGAUCCACAAAAGAAACGCAACACUCAGCUUUAAUGGCUUUAACCAAAUAUUUAAACAUAGAUAUCAACAAAAAUCAUAGAAAAUGCGAACAAAAAUACAGAUCAAAGAAUCAUGAUAAGUUUUCAGUAUAAAACGUGACACACUGUCAAAAUGAAAACAUUACAAAGUAUCGGGUAUGACCUCCCUGAGCAUUAACACAAUCCUGGCAGCGUACCUUUCGCUCUUCUUGCGUUAAUGUGUUUUUCAAAUGGCUAUUUAUACAGGUUCUUAAUCAACUCAUUUUGGCAAUUUUAACUCAACACUGAGCUCAGUAUUCUCAAUACUACUCAAACAAUCAACAAACCUAUCUGCUCACUAAAAUGUAAACAUUAUGUAUGUGCCCAAUGAGCUAUUGAUGUAAAACUUAGACUGUUGAGUAUAUACAUGUGAUUUAUAUAUAUAUAUAUAUAUGUCUGGAACAGGAGGUUAGACUGGGGGUAAUCGCACAUUAUACAACUAUACGAUAUUUAAUUUACAAAACAGUCUGCAAGACACAGCCACAAGCAGCUUUGGUCAUACCAAACGCUCAAAUUAGUUUUACGUUUAUGCACUUGAAGUAAUUGUUUGGGUAGCCCUAUAUGGCAAGCCAAAUUAUCACGUAGAGUUAUCUCAAAAUGAAUUACAGAUAUCUUUAAAUUGAGCUUUAAAUGAGAUAUCUAAAAUGCAUUUUUAGAUAUCUUUAAAUCGUUUUAAGACAUCUCUAAAUGUUUUUGAGGAAUCUUUAAACACUUUUCAGAUAUCUCUAAAUCAUUUAGAGAUAUCUCUAAAUGAUUUGAAGAUAUCUUCAAAUAACGUCCUGUUCAUUUGGAGAUAUCAUUAAAUAGACCGGCAGUCCAUUCAAAACAAAGAGUAUUUUCACAGGAAGUUAUUUCGAGAUAUCUUGAAAUGGCUUCCUGUUCAUUUGAAGACAUCUUCAAAUGCUUUGGAGACAACAGGAAGUUAUUUGAAGAUAUCUUCAAAUGAUUUAGAUAUCUUUAAAUAAUAUGUGGAUUUGGCUAGCA